CCUCUCCGGCUGUUCCUCCAGCAAUGAUGUGUCGGACUGCCUACGCCCUUCUGCUAUCAGUGGCGAUGUGCCUUCAGCUCGCCGCCGCUUCAUCACAGCCGCUGUGGAACGAGCAGUCAGUCGAACACGAGAGCCAGGACGUCGAGGACAGCCUGGUCCCCAUCGUGUUCCUCCCCUUGGCCUCGCACCGCCCGUCCCAGACCCUCCUCAGGUCCUCGAGCCAGAAGAGGAACUCGGAGAUCCUCAACACCCUGCUGGGCUCAGAGGCUCUCGGGGCCAUGAGGAACGCCGGCAGGAGGUAGUCUGUCUGCGUCGAGGGACAGGUGCCACCAGGAGCGCUCCUUCGUGGCUCCUUCACAAAACCCGAGGAGGCUUGGCGGAAGAUCAACACUUUCUUCAGUAUCAUUCCCUUUUCAUCUUCUUCUCGAUAGGCAGUGACAGCUUUGGGAGGAACGACGCGAUAAAGACGGUCCGGGUUGAGUUCACUGGGUAGUUAAGUAAGGGCACUCCUUUGACAAUGCAGGCAAGCUUGUGCAUAUUAGAGGACCUUGUAAGUAAAUAUAAUCAUUUAAUUUUUAAGACAGUAGACCCAGAGUCAGACUUGUGUGGGAUAAGGGAAAACAUCAAAUACAGGCGCUUCAACCCUGUGUAUUUUAGGAGGUAGAAGGCCUGUGUUAUGCUACUCAUAAGCUUCAUGGGGGAAAAUAAAAAUGGCCACUUGUGUAUAAUGAUAUAUAUGAGACACUUCCCUAUCUUAGAAGAAUAAAUUUGUGAAAUACAACUC